GUGAAUUUUUGUGACUUGCACAGGUGGGAUGUAAAUGCUAGCACUGACUAUUGUUCAGAGCAAGUUCAGAUCAUAUUUUCUGCACUCCACAGCACAAUUUCUGAGAUUGCAGACAAAGCAUUUAAAUACCAAGGACGUGAUGUGAUGAGCCACAUAAUUGAGAUCUGGUUGGAUUUGAUGAAUUCUAUGUUAAGAGAGGCUGAAUGGACAGAAGAGAUGUCCGUGCCGACAUUGGACGAGUACAUGGAGAAUGCUUACAUAUCCUUUGCCUUAGGACCAAUUGUCCUACCGGCCCUCUACUUAGUCGGGCCAAAGCUCUCGGAGGAGAUCAUCCAGCACCCCGAAUACCACCACCUAUUCAAGUCAUUGAGCACUUGUGGCCGUCUUCUAAAUGACUUAAAGGGUUUUGAGAGGGAAUCAAAAGAAGGGAAGCUAAAUUCUCUGUCAUUGCUGGUUACUCAUAGAUGCGGGGGUGUGACUGAGGAAGAAGAAGCAGGUGUGAGAGAGAUAACCAAUUUGAUCAGUGCUAAAAGGAGAGAGGUGCUGAGGUUUGUGUUGCAGGAUGGCGGCGUGGUUCCAAGAGAUUGCAGAGAUGUGUUUUGGAAGAUGAGCAAAGUGUUGCAGCAUGUGUAUGCCAAAGAUGAUGGUUUCAGUGCACAAGGGAUGAUGGAAACUGUGAAGGCAAUUCUCCAUGAUCCAAUUGACCUCCAUUUGCUCUCUUCCGAAAAUUAAUUGCUCCGUUUGAUCUCUAAAUAAAUAAGUGGCACUUAUUUUAGCAUAAAAUAAAAGCUUUGAUGAGACGAUUUGGUUUCCUUAUUUGCUUCAACUGAGGAAAGAAAGAAGAUAUACGGAGUGAUUUCGGAGUGGUUUUUUUUUAAUGCCUAAGCAAUCAAGAGUGUUACUUUGGUGUACCUUUUAGACCUUCUCACAUAAAAAAUAAGGAAAUAUUUA